UGCAGCUCUUCACACCACUGAAGACGAACAAGCAGAAGAUGAUCUUCUGGAUCCUGCUGCUCUUCAUCCUGACCUCCUCUUCCUCUGGAUCAUUUGUAGUGAAUGUGACACAGAGCUCCUAUCAGGCAGAGGAGAACCACAACAUCACACUGGAAUGGACGUUCACCACCAACACUCAACGCUCCUCAAAUGUAUUUCAUACCCUCUGUCAACUGAUAACUGAUGUCAGACACUCAGUCCUGUUUCACAUACAUGAUGGUUUGGAGGUUCCAGAGUCUCAGGAUGAACAGUUUGCAGGACGAGUCCAGUGGGACAAAGACGUCCUCAGAGAAGGACGACUCAGACUUCAUGUGUCCAGACUCAGGACUGCUGACUCGGGUCGGUACCUGUGUGACGUGUUCACAAGAGAUGGUGCGAACUCUAGACAAUGUCACCUCAGUGUCACUGCAGAGAGGGAUCGGCCUGAACCUGAGACACAAAGCGCAACAAAUCUAACAAGAGAUCCUUCACAACCAGAGAGUCGACCACAACCAGAGAGUCGGGGAAGGAUCGUCCUCUACUGUGUACUGGGACUGACAGCAGCUGUACUGGUUUUGUUAACACUUGCUCUCGGCAUUGUAAACAAGAUUUCUACUCGGCAAAAACCAAAAACCAAACAAACAGCAUCCAAAAAUGAGGCUGAGUUGUUAAGCCUUUCAGUGUUUGCACAUUAAGAUCCUGAUGUGGACUUCAGUCAGUCCACCUCAGUGUGUAUGACACAUGUGUAUAUCUGUGGAUUAACAUCAACAUUAAAGUAUGAACGAAAAUAGAGGAAAUUAUGAUUUAGUGAUAUGAGAGUCAGUACAAUAGUAGUAAUGUAUCCAACCUGAUGUAAAAGAACAGAGAGCUGAUGUAAACCAGUUCUUAUUUACAGUCUGUGGUCACAGCUUUGUUCAGGAAAUGACAAACAGAUAAACUAGUAGCAGGUAACCAUAGCAACACUAUUAAUGCUCCACUGAGCAGAUAAUGAUUAAAAACAUCUUCACCUCUAAAAGAUCUGAAAUAUGUGUUCACGUUAUUGAGAUAAUGUUGAGAAGCAUAUUUACUUUCAUGUAUAUUUAUUCUGUGCUUUUCUUGUUUCUUUACAUUUCCCUUUUGCACUUUAAGCUUUAUGUGAUGAAUGUUUUUAUGAUACUGAGGAACCAGCAGUUGCUGAAAUAUUUGUACUUAUUUUUUACUGAAUUGUAUGUAUUUUAAUGAGCUUUGCUGACUGAUAUAUCAUGAAAAUAUUGACUUAUUAUAUUGAUCUUCUCAAUAAUUUGUGGAACUGUUACAUCUAAUGGAAAAGUUGUUUUCAGUUUUAAUAAACAUUUUAUUUUGCUGUAUGUCCAAAUUUCACUUAAUGGUUAAACUUAAAUCAAGUUUAUGUGAAGAGUUUAUUUUGCACAUUUUGUUCAUCUUCAAGUACAUGUA